UGAAAACCCCCAUCUCCCCUUAUUACCUUACAUAUUUGGAUUGGAUCCAGAUGUUUCUUUCCAUUUUUGGAGUAAACAACAGGCCUAUAUAAACCUAUGUUCGAUGCAAAAUAGACAGAGUUGUUCAUUUGGCUGGAUGCUCUCCAAGCUCCUUGAUGCUUGUAUUGAUGCUGAACUUUUUGUAAAUAACCUUUAUAUAUACAAUCAAGACGGUGUCAGCGGACUUCUCUUCAACACAUCUUCACAUCAUCACUACUCAAUAUACAACAAGAAUUUGGCGUCACGAACUCCGGACAUGCUGUGACCUGCUGCCUCGCUGACGACUUCAACGUACUGACUCCCGCAUCAAAUGCCGGCAAAUAGGUCUGUCAACUGGAAUCACUUGGCAUAGUGUUUGCCAUUUCCCCAACAUCUCCAUCCUGCUGUCUUCUCACUUCUGUGGAAAACUAUCGAUAAAUCAAGUGGGACCCCUGGACUGCAGAGUGCACAUUUUGCUCCCAAGACCACCAAUAGAAGGCUGCAACCCUUCCGCCUUUAAGGAUUGACAUCACUGCAAGGGUGUGAGACAGUCUGCACUGUGUCCCAUGGCUCUACAGGAGCUCGGUAUCAGCCUGUCCAUGAUUGGCGUUGCUGGGACCAUCCUGAUCUGCGCUCUGCCCAUGUGGAAGGUGACUGCAUUCAUCGGCACCCAUCUGGUGGUCAUGCAGGUGUUCUGGGAAGGUCUGUGGAUGACCUGUGUCAGUGAGUACACAGGUCAGCUGCAGUGUAAGCUUUAUGACGCCCUGCUGGACCUGUCACCAGACCUCCAGGCGGCCCGCGGCCUCAUCUGCAUCAGCCUGGUGCUGGGAUGUUUGGGAUUCCUCAUCUUCCUCCUGGGAGCACGCUGCACCAACUGCCUGGGUCACCCGAGGAUCAAGGCUCGUUUGGUGGUGAGCUCUGGGGCCAUUUUCUGCCUUGGGGCUCUCACCACCAUAGUUGCUGUUUCCUGGACGGCCAACUCCAUCAUUACUGACUUCCACAACCCACGCGUCCCUGAGGUGUUGAAGAGGGAGCUUGGAGCGGCCAUAUAUAUCGGCUUUGUGACAUCUGGGCUGCUGUUCUGUGGGGGAGCCAUUCUGUGCACAAGCUGCCCACCACAGAGGGCCAGGUUAGCCUCCAGUGGGUACACACUGGCCAGGACAAACAUACACAGCAGCUAUGCUAUCAAGAACUAUGUGUGAAGUGAGAACUGAUGGCUGAAUACAUAUUGUUUAAAACAAGUUAUCACUGUAUUGAACUGUGUGAUAUAAUGCUGUUGGUCAUGUAUCAAUAAUAUACAGUUCAUAUAUAUAUUUUGAAAAAGACAACAUGUUUAAAUAUAUGAAAAGACUCAAAAAGUAUGCUUUACAAAACAUUUUAUUAUGUUAUUUCUCUUUUGGGUGAGUGGAUUUGACCAUUAUCAAUAGUUUACUUACCAGUCAGUGUCAAUAUCAACAAUUUGCAGAUGUUUAUCAAUGUUCGUGGUUGUCAUGAAAAGUGCAGUUGAAUCAUUAGAUUUUAAUAUAGGGGAAAUAUAUGUAGCCAUGUGUUUAAUACAGCUUUAAUUAACUUGUGAAAUAGCUGCAAUUUGUCAAAAUGAAUCAUGAUAUUGAUUUCCUUGGUCGUAUGAAGAAUGACUUUGUUGCCAGUUCCUUUCACAAAGAAAGUCAGUGAAUUGAUUUGUAUCCAUGUAGCUGACUGUGCAUGCAUAGUGGAGGAUUACAUUAAUCAAUUGUUUUAGACACUAUUUUUAGUUAAAUGAAUACUUGAAAUAACAAAAGCUUGUGUGCGUGAUUUGCAUCUUAAUUCAAAAUAAAUACUGUGAACCUG